AUGGAAGAAUUUAAGACAAAAAAUCGGGAGGUUCGUGGUGUCCUCUUAAGACAUUGGACUGGAUUAGAUAGAGCCAGACUUCAUACCUUUUAUUUAUGGUUAAUUAUGUAUUCUUUAAGUUUAAUAUUUUUAACAACAUACUUUGCCUACAGUCCUUUAACAAUUCAAUUUGUAACUGUUGGGAUGAUAUUUAUAAUAUUACUUAUUAUAUCAUAUUGUUUAAUAAGAUGUGAAAAAGAGUUUUCUAUAAACAAUUCACGAAAACAUUACUUAAUAAUGUCUUUAAUAUCUAUGAUUGGAUUUCCACUUUUUAUUUGGUUAAUUUAUUUACCUUGCAUUUUAAAUCGUGAUGAGUUAAAAAAAGAUGUUAAAGAUUUUCAAAUACCUUCAAUUUUUUCAUCAUUUAUCCUUUUAAUAUUAUAUCAAUUUUUUAUUAUGCCACGUAAUCGAAGAGUAUUUUUUUUUAUAACAAUAACAUUUGUCAUACUUAAUAUUAUAUAUAUGAAUUUGUUAAAUUUUAAUGAAGAAAGAAUAUUUAAAGAAAAUUUAGUUGAUUCAAAUAAAACAUAUAUCAUACGUAUAUAUAAUCAAUUACAGUUAAAUGAAACAAUUAAUAAUGAAAUAAAAAAUAGUAAUGGAAAAUUUUCAAAAAAUUUAAUUAUUAUAUUUUUACAAUUAUUAAUGGUAAUUGUUGGUCUUAUGUAUGAUUCAAAGUCAUCUGGAAGUAGAUGUAGUAUUGAAAGAAAAAUAACUGAAGCUGUGACAAGGAGAACAGAAUUAGAAACAUUAAAAGAUAGGCAGGAACAAUUAUUAUUAAGUGUUAUACCAGCAUAUUUAGCUGAUAAAGUUAGUAAAAGUAUGAGAGAAAUAUCAUCAGGAAAUAAUAUUAAUAAAGGAAAACAACAUCAUAAAUUAUUUCAUGAUCUUCAUGUACAAAGUCAUGAUAAUGUUUCAAUACUUUUUGCUGAUAUUGUUAAUUUUACCGUACUUGCUAAACAAUUAACAGCAAAAGAUCUUGUUAGAACAUUAAAUGAAUUAUACUCAAAAUUUGAUGAAGAUGCUCAAAAAUUACAAUGUAUGAGAAUAAAAUUUCUUGGUGAUUGUUAUUACUGUGUUAGUGGUAUGCCUGUUAAUAGACCUAAUCAUGCUGAUAUGUGUGUUUUGAUGGGUUUAGAAAUGAUUAAAACUAUUAAACAGGUACGUGAUGCAACUGGUGUUGAUGUUAAUAUGAGAAUUGGUGUACAUACAGGAAAUAUUUAUUGUGGAAUUAUUGGUAUAAUACGAUGGCAAUUUGAUGUUUGGAGUGAUGAUGUAACAUUAGCUAAUCAAAUGGAAAGUAGUGGAAGACCUGGUGCUGUACAUAUAACAAAAAAGACAAAAGAAAUGUUAGUUGGUGAUUAUAGAAUUAUGUCUGCCAAUGAAAAUAUUGAUAAUAAAAGAAAUAUUAAUAAAAAUAAAGAAGAAACAUAUUAUAUUUUACCAGAUAAAAAUACUAUACUUGAAAGAACAGCAUCUAUUUAUAGAAAUAAAAGAAAAAAUCUUGACUUAGUAUCAAGUGAAGAUAUUAAUAAUUCACAAAGUAGAUUAUCAAUAAAAUCUAAAUUUAGUAAAAUAACAGAAUUUUGGGGAGCUGAGACACCUUUUGCUAAUUUAAAUAGAAUAAAUAAUAAUGAGGGAUCAUUAAGUCGUAGGCCAAAUUAUAGUAAUACAAUACAAUGUAUGACAUUAAUUGAAAAUAAUUUAAACAAAAUUAAUUUUUCAAAUGUUAAAUCAAUAUUAAAUUGGAGUUCAAAAAGGACAGAGUAUCAAACAGCUAAAAUGUUAUUUCCAUUUUUCAAAAAUCCUUUAAAUAUAAAUUUAUCUGAAUGUAGUAGUCUUCUAAUUUUAUCAAUACCUUUAGCAAUAGCUAAUUUUUGUACAAUUUUUGCUUAUUAUCCUCCUGAUUAUCAUCCAUUAUUAGUUGGGCAAUUAUGUGUAUGUUUAUUAGGAUUAGCUAUGAUUUGUAUAAUUGAACAAAUAACAGUUGUUGGUCAUUCAUUUUUAACAUCUUUAUCAUUUGCUGUCUCAUUAUUAAUAGCAAUUGGUUCACAUAUAACAAUAACAUUUAGAUCUGUUGUUGAUGAUGCUACAAAAAUUCCAUCACUUAUAUGGUUACCUUCAGCUAUGUGCCAUUUAUGUAGUAUUCCUAUUUUAUAUAGACUUUCAUAUGCUUUUCGAUGUGUUUUAGCAACAGCUGAUUUAUGUAUUUUUUUUGUUCUUUUGGUUGUUUUUCCAGGUUAUGGUUUUAAUUAUAUGUUAAGAACAGUUAAUUAUAAAAUUUUAUCAAGUCAAAUUACAGCUAUAACAAUACAUUUAUUAGCUGUUUAUUUAUUAUUAUUAUUUGUUGAAUGGAUUACAGAGUAUGAACAUAAAAUAGAGGCUGCCUGUGAUAUGGCAUUUAAAAAUGAAGAAACAGAAGUUCAAAUGAUGCAAGAUAUAAAUACACUUUUAAUACACAAUAUUCUUCCACAAUCUGUUGCAAUAAAAUUUUUAGAACCAGAUAGGCAAAUUGAUGAAUUAUAUGCCAAAGAUCAUAACAAUGUUUGUGUUAUGUUUGCAUCAAUACCAAAUUUUAAUGAUUAUUGGAGUGAAUGUGAAAAAAGUAGAAAACUUGAAUGUUUAAGAUUAUUAAAUGAAAUUGUAUGUGAAUUUGACAAAUUACUUUUGAAACCUAAAUUUAGUUGUAUUGAAAAAAUUAAAACUGUUGCUAGUACAUAUAUGGCAGCUAGUGGUUUAUAUGAACCAGAGGGUGAAUUUACCAGACAAAAAAAUGUUAUUAAUAUGGUAGAAUUUGCCUUAGCAAUGAAUGGUGUAUUGGAACAAUUAAAUUUAGAUUCAUUUCAAAAUUUUACAUUACGUAUUGGAAUGUCAUUAGGACCAUUAGUUGGAGGUGUAAUUGGUGCACAAAAACCUCAAUUUGAUAUUUGGGGUAAUACAGUAAAUAUGGCAAGUAGGAUGGAUUCUCAUGGUAUUGUUAACAAAAUUCAUAUAACAAAAGAAGUGGCAAAAAUUUUAAUAAGAGAAGGAUAUGAAAUUGAAAGUUGUGGUGCAAUAAAAGUUAAAGGAGUUAAAGAUCCUAUGGAAACAUUUUCUCUAUCUUUAGAUUGUCGUAGAACAUCUAACUCUAGUUGUCAAGUUGGUAAUAAAAAAUCUGCUUUUUAA